GCCGAUGUGCGACGGUUAGCUCAACCGGCCUCGAGUGAGCUCUGAGCUUUAGGGUCCCUAUAAAUACCCCCUCCGCCCGCGGCUGCCGCGUUAAUCGUCUCGGGGAUCAAUUCCAGGGUUCGUUUUCUUGACUCGUACGGUUUCGAUGGACAUCAUGGGGAGGAAGAGCAGCACGCUUCUGUUGACGGAUGAUGUUGCGUUGCCCCUCGACGCGAUCCUGUCUGCUGCGCGGGAUGCGGGGGCCGAAGCAGUCCCGGAAGACGAUGUCGUCGUUAUUACCCAGUGCGAAUCGCUUGAAGGGAAAUUGCCAAUUAUGACUGCAUCUUUCGAUGUGGUCGUUACUGCCUGGAACAAACCCGAGCUUGUUGGAGAGCAGUGGCUUCGAGAAAUUGGUCGAGUGCUAAAACCCGGUGGCGAACUCAUUUUACAAUCUAUUCUGUCUUCUGGUAUGCUGGAAAAGCCAAGCUCCACGAUGGAGUUGAAGUUGCUUAUGCAAGGUUUUCUGGAUGUGCAAUCACUGGAAAUGAAACCUUUCUUAUCAGCUGGAAAUGUUCAGUCCAUUACAAUUAAGGGUAAGAAGGCUUCUUGGACAGCAGGUUCAUCUUUUCCCUUAAAGAAAGCAACGAGUAUGGUACCCAAAAUUAAGAUUGAUGAUGAAUCAGAUCUGAUCGAUGAAGACAGUCUCCUGACCGAGGAAGACCUGAAAAAACCACAGCUGCCUGCCUUUGCAGACUGUGAGGUUGGAAGCACAAGGAAGGCUUGCAAGAACUGCACUUGUGGAAGGGCUCAAGAAGAGGAGAAAUUGCAGAAAGUGGGAUUAACCACAGAGCAGAUGAAUAAUCCUCAGUCCGCUUGUGGCAGUUGCGGACUCGGGGAUGCAUUCAGGUGUGGUGGAUGCCCUUACAGAGGCCUUCCCCCCUUCAAAUUGGGCGAAAAGGUUUCCUUACCUGGAAAUUUCCUUGUUGCUGAUAUAUGAUUUGUGUGAAGACCCAGCAAGCAUCAGAUCGUUCACUUGACAUCGUUACAUCGAGGAAUCCUCUCUCCUUUAUCUUCUGGGUAUUUAUUUUCAUGAGGAAUUUGGUUCCCUUGUAUUAUUAUUACUCUAAAGCUUCUGCAACCACAAUUUCGACGGUCUCCAUCGUCUUCAUCUUUUCAUUCCACUUUAUUGUGUGAGUCCUCAAAAUCGUGUGCCAGCUACUUUCUCAUUUCCACACCUGGGAGUGAAGGAUUAGUAACCAUGCCGCUUGCCUUUCCUCUUA